GACCGGGUUAGCCAUUUAGACUGUUUCACCAGUGUCUAUUUGAGAAAACCAUCAUUUAAUCUGGAAAAGACUACAUGAUGAAGACACUUUAUAAUGAUGCUCUAGUGGUGUUGCUAUGUUUUGAGUUAAUCAAAAAUUGUACUAUUAUGUCUAUAGUGAAUAGCAAAAGACCGUUUUCUUGGAUGCACGAAAAAACCACAUCACGCCGUCUUGUUGGCGAAUGGAUCACAAUUGAUUGUACUGUCAACGAUAUAAAUACACUCGCCGAACUCUGGGAUGAGGAUGACUCUCAAAAUCCUUUAAAAAUUGACAACGAAACAAUAAAAAUGGUAGAAAAGAAUAUCUUCAAUGUCACAAAAGUGACCUCGUCCAAGAUAUAUAUAUGUAAAGCCCCCAACACGAAUCCAAAACGUUAUUUUGUUGAGGUGAAUACAGAAGUAAAGUCCUACUUGAAACCCCGGAUUAUAAAACUGCCAAACAAAACAUCCUACAAUAUGAAUGAAAAUUUGGUCUUGCUCUGCGAAUUUUUUGACAUGCAAAGCAACAUUUAUAGUAACUUUAAAAUUCUGAAACACUACUACUUCCUGUUUUGGGAAAAAGAUGGCAGAAAAAUAAAACGUUUGGAGACAAAACAAAAGCUUGUGCUUGGUCCAAUGACGUCUGAAAAGGAGGGAAUCUACAAGUGUGUAAUCCAACGAAAAGACAUUUACUCUAAAUCAUCUCCAAUGAUUAAAAUAAAACUUAAAGAAUUGACGAAACCCACAGUGAAAAUUGAAAACGACGCAAAAGAAUUUUCUGUUUACGAAGGAAAUCCUUUUUCAAUAAUCUAUCACGUGACGUCAAAUCCUGCUUCCGACAUCUAUUGGUCGCAUUUGUCAGAUGAUGGCCAAACCUUCCACCUCAUAACGCGUUGUCUCUCCUCAGAAAAUCACUGUCAAGUACACGAAGGGUCAGAAAAGAUAACAAGAAAAUCUUUUAGAGUUGAAUCUGCUGCAUUUCCUGAAAACAACCUACUUUACAUGUUGAAUGCUAGCAAUAUAAAAGGAUAUGAAACUAAGAAGUUUUCUUUGCAAAUUCUAGUGAAGCCUCGUACAGACAUAAAAAACACUCAAUAUACCUUGCACAAUGAUGAAGUAUUGAUCAUCAACUGCACACUGAAGCCAAAAUUUUACCCAUGGCAUGUAAACUUCACUUGGUAUAAAUGCAAAUUUCACAACUGUGAAAAUGGAAGAGAUAGCUGGGCGCCAGUUUCAUACAAGUAUUCUUUGUUUAUAAAUAAAGAAGGAAUGGGUAAAACAAAAUAUCGUUGCACUGCCAGAAAUACAGCUGGAAAAGAUACAUCUCCCGUUAUAAAUGUUGAUUACAAAGUGGACACUUUGAAUGGAAAACACACUCCGAAAACUAUAAUGUUGUUUGUCAUACCAACUGGCGUUAUUACUGUAGUCAUUUUGCUCAUUACGUCGUAUGUAUUGUUCAAAAGGAAAAAACUUUACGGAGGUUUUUAUCUUCUUUCUUAUCCUCCAAUGCCUGACUACAUUGAAAAGAUAGAUAUUAAUAGAAAUAUGCACGAACAAAUGCAAAAGCUUCCAUAUAUACCCGAGUGGGAAUUUCCUAGAGAAAGAAUAACUUUCAUUAAUGAACUUGGCUCAGGCGAAUUUGGAGUUGUUUGGCUGGCCGAAGCAAUUGGCAUUUCAGCAUUUAAGCCAAGAUGUAAGUUGAAGGAGAGGGAGCAUCAGAGAAGAUUCUUAUUCUUCAAUCGAAUGACUAAAAGAAAUAAUUACGUGUAUUGCAAAGAAGUAACAAAAGUUGCUGUCAAAAAAGUGAAAGAUAAUGGGGACCGAAGCAAGCAAACUGACUUGCUGUCGGAGUUGAAAAUAUUGAUUCAUGUUGGCGAAAAUGAAAACAUUGUGAAUAUUCUUGGAGCUUGUACAAAAGGUGAUGCUUUAGCUCUAUGGGUCAUCAUGGAGUAUUGUGAACAUGGAAAUCUUCGUGAAUUCUUGCGAAACAGUCGAGGUAGAUACAAAGUGGACAAAAAUUUCUGCAAGCCGAUCUAAGACAAAGCUAUGGACCAAAAAAUCUGAUGGAAUUGGCUUAUCAUAUUUCAAAAGGAAUGGCAUUCUUGAUUU